CACAGUGGUGAUGGUUUUGGUGAUGAUUCUCGUCCCCGCUUUCCUUCCUCUACACAUCACGACGUCCAUUACCCAUGCCUUCUUCCUUCUCCUCUCCGUUCUCCUCGCUCUCCUCGUCCUCUUCUGCAGACUGUUUGGCUCCAGCAGGGCCUUCGCAAUCUGAAGCACACCCGCACAUUCUGCGUACAUCCUACAACUUCUGGUCGGAUCACCUGUCCCGCAGAUGGCCCGUCUCUUAUUGAUUGCCAGUCUUGUCGGGGCGCGCGGGGCCGCUGGCCUGGGUGCGGCCCCCGCCGAUUCCAGCAUGAUACAGUUUGGAACAGCUGUGGACAAGAGCAACACCUCGCAGCAGAGAACGGCAGCGUUCGCGCCCGCGUGCAAAAUCAUAUCUGGAGAUGUUUGAAUUAAAUAGUCUCUUACAAUUUCCAGAGCAACGCAAUGCCAUGCAACACCACGCCGCAAGGCAAAGCAACUUCAGCAACAUCAAACGUUGAGUGAGCAGUUUGAUAGUAGUGCUGGGCAUAUGAGGACAACAUUGUAGGUUUGCGUGGGCCCAGGAAUAUGGAAAAGUUGACUGAGCAAUUUGAGAGUACGGCUCGGGAUGUGCUUGUGACCGUUAAGCUGGCAUGGUUAUAAUUGCGCGCUCGGAGAGCUCUUGAAGGAUCUGGGAUAAGCUCGGCGAGCGCAGCACCCAAGCACCGAUAAUAAGCUAAAUAGCAGGCCUGUCCUACGCGGUAUGACUUCGUUGCCAGCGACGGCAUAGGUUGGGGGCAAACGCACGGUGAUUGGUGGAUGGGCGGCGGCACCAAGGAGUACACGUUUACCGCGGAAGCAGGUUGCCCGCAAACUGUUGCCCUCCAGGUUACAUAUGCGAAGAGGAUGACACGAAACAGCCAGCAAACAGCAACCAUCGGAAGUUCAUCGGUUACAUACAACUUGCCAACGACAGGUGGUUGGUCACCGUCAUCUGAGCAGGUACUUGCCGUAAACCAUUGGUUUACGCUCACAACGGGGGCCAACACGCUCAGAGUGACAGACGACGAUGGUCAAAACACAAGGUUGUUCACAUUGACCACAUCGACUCAUCAGG